UACUUCCUUUUUCUUCUCUAGUUGCUAGCUACCACUUACUACCUGUGUAGUACAUUUGGUCUUGGACGACUGUUACUGUGAUCAUUCCUGUGGUCGUAGCUCUUAUUCAAAGAUGAACACGGUUCUGUCGAGAGCUAACUCUUUGUUCGCCUUCUCUCUGAGCGUCAUGGCGGCCUUAACUUUCGGCUGUUUCAUCACAACAGCAUUCAAAGACAGAAGAGUUCCCGUGGACAUCCACGUCGCUAAAGUCAUGCUGAAGAAUGUUGAUGACUUCACAGGACCUAGAGAGCGCAGUGAUCUGGGUUUCAUCACCUUUGACCUCUCAGCUGAUUUGCAGCCAAUUUUUGACUGGAACGUGAAACAGCUGUUUCUCUAUCUGUCUGCUGAGUAUGCCACAAAGAGCAAUUCUCUAAACCAGGUGGUCCUGUGGGAUAAAAUUGUCCUUCGAGGUGAAAACACCAAACUGAACCUCAGAGACAUGAAGUCCAAAUACUUCUUCUUUGAUGAUGGAAACGGACUCAGGGCUAAUAAGAACAUAACUCUGACAUUGUCAUGGAACGUUGUUCCCAACGCUGGAAUCCUGCCUCUAGUGGCUGGAAGUGGACACAUCAGCCUCCCUUUCCCAGAUAUGUACGAGACCACCAAGAGCUACUAGACAGACGGAAACACACAUCCAGUCGGUUUCAGCACAUGCAUGAAACAAGAAGAGCACAGCUGCAAACAGAUGACUCACACACUUCACACUUGUGUUCUUCCUAGAUUAAAAAUAAUUUUUGGUUUGUAAUAAAAGUUGAGAUUGGAA